CCUGGCUGGUUCUUGGGAUAACAGUGGGCCUGGUGGGAGGUCUGGGAAAGCCCUGCAGGUCUUCGUGCAGCCGAGCCUGCCCGGCUCCUCACUCUGGCAAGCCUCCUCCUGGACUCACUUCUGUCGCACGCCCCCACGCAAAAAUGUCGGCGCUUAUGUUCGGGCAAUUACGGGCCCAUCUCUCUCGCGUGCGCCACGGCGCGUACUUAGUCUCUGGGUCACAUGAUGCCUGUCAUGGCCGCCUCCGUGGCCCGGGGAGGUGUGAGUGCUGGGUUCCUGCUGCGGGCGGCCAGGGGUGCCUGGUGGUGCCGACCCGGGGGUUUUUGGGGGUCCGGGGAGGCGGCGGCGGCGCCUGCGACAGCCAAGAAGUUCCGGGCGACAGGGUGAACGUGGUGUUCGUAGACCGGUCAGGCCAACGGAUUCCGGUGAGCGGCAGAGUCGGGGACAAUGUUCUCUACCUGGCCCAGCGCCAUGGGGUGGAUCUGGAAGGAGCCUGUGAAGCCUCCCUGGCGUGCUCCACCUGCCACGUGUAUGUGAGCGAGGACCACCUGGACCUUCUGCCUCCUCCUGACGAGAGGGAGGACGACAUGCUGGACAUGGCCCCCCUCCUCCAAGAGAACUCCCGGCUGGGCUGCCAGAUUGUGCUGACACCUGAGCUGGAAGGGGCUGAAUUCACCCUGCCCAAGAUCACCAGGAACUUCUACGUGGACGGCCACGUCCCCAAGCCCCACUGACUCAGGCAGCUGGAUGGUCCCAGACACUCACGGCCCCAGGGCCAGGACUGGAGGAAUAGCCAAGUUGCCAGCCCCGCCCAGAGCACGGGACAGGCCCGGGAGAGAUGGCGGAAGCAACCGGAAGGCCAGAACGCGUGCUUCAGAGAGAUCCCGCGUCCAGGCUCUGGUGGGGACAGGGCCCCUGUUGGGUCAGCCUCCCCCAAACCCCUGAAAAUGGGGGUGUGGAUAGGGGUGGAACCUAAUCGGAGAGAUAAUAAAACCGGCUCACAGAC